AUGGCUGAAUCUUCUCGUGGUGCUGGAGGUAGUCGUACUCGCGUAGCAAAGACUUCUCGUCUACAUAAAUGUACAAAAUAUGUCAAACGUCGUUUACCAUCAUCGAUUGCUUGGCUCAUUCUAAUUGUUCUUUCUGCACUUUACUUUGUGUUCAUUUGUCCUUAUAUCACACAACAUUUAUCACUUGCCAUACCCAUUGUACAAUCCAUUUUACUACUUUUUGUUAUUAUAAACUUUUUACUUGCCACAUUUAUGGAUCCUGGCAGAUAUGAAAGAGCAACACAAGACGAAAAUGAUCAAGACGAAGGAAUAUAUUAUAAAACAGUUGAGAUUCAUGGCACAAAUAGUCGAAUGAAAUGGUGUCAAACUUGUCAGUUCUAUCGACCACCAAGAUGUUCACAUUGUUCUGUGUGUGAUUAUUGCAUUGAUCAAUUUGAUCAUCAUUGCCCAUGGUUAAAUAAUUGUGUUGGUCGUCGUAAUUAUCGUUAUUUUUUUCAAUUUUUAUGUUAUUGUAUGUUGCACAUGUUUACCGUGUUUAGCUUUACAAUUUAUUUCUUUAUUGUUUACGGUCGAUUCCAUUUCACAUCGUUAUCGACUAUCGUUUCACUCGUUCUUUUCACAUUCAUAAUCUUACUCACCGUACCUAUAUGUGGUCUUACCGGUUUUCAUAUUGUUCUCAUAUGUCGUGGAAGAACAACAAAUGAACAAGUGACAGGAAAAUUUAAAAAUCAUUUGAAUCCAUUUGAUGAUGAUUGUUGUACAAAUUGGUUAAAAACAUUUAUUAGUUCAAAUAUACCCGAAUUGAGGUAUAUUGUUAAAACAAAACCUCGAUCUUCCGUGGUAACUCAACAAACAAAAAAAUCUCGUUCAGCUGCCUAUGAUUCACGUUCAGAUCAUAAUAAAAAAGUUCAACCACAAAAAUUAUAUGUACCGCCAACAUCGAACAAUAAUGGAAAUGUUGUUACUAAAAAUAAAUCAAUCACAACAUUUCAUCAUCCUCAUUCACUUGGUUUGAGUAAUGGUCACUGUCAUAAUCAUCAUCAUCCACAACGUCAAUCUACUUCCACUAAUCGUCGUUCUUCCACUCAUCAUCACCAUAAUCGUACUCGCAAACCUCAACGUCACAAUUAUUAUUCAACACGUCUAUUGGAUAGUAGUCCGGUAAUGAGUGGUCUAUCUACGACUGGUAAUUUUAAAACGAUGCAGAUACCAUCAAGUGCUAUCGAUAUUCCAACAGUUAUGUAUUAUCCACUACCGUUGAUGAAACUUCUGCAAAAUGAAGAACAAGUAGCACAACCCCAUAGUAAAGAACAGAUACUUUCACCCACCAAUUAUUAUUCGACAAAAAAUGGUCAACAUCGUAUUGAUUCAAGUAGAAUGAUGAGUGGAGGUGAACAUACAAAAACGGAAUUGAAAUUUAAAGUGUAA